UCCAGGGACAACAAAAAAACACCAAUUAUCCCAUUUCCUCAAAAACUCUUGAAGCAGAAAAAUUUUGUUUUAUGUGUCUGUGUGUGCCCGUGUGCAAACAUUCCUCAUCUCUUCAGAAAAACAUGUACAAAUAAAAAUACCUUCACAAAGUCCGACACUCGCUCAUCCCCUCACCACCAUCCUUCGGCAUCCUCUCCAGAAGCUCCAUGGGCAAAGCCGCUGGGUCAAGCUCCACACACCCUUCCAGCUCCAGCUGAUGAUGUGGCACCUGAUGCGAAAACCUCAACAUCUCCUCCCUCGUUAUCCUCCUCUCUCCAUCCCCACUCACCCGAAACACCGUCCUAUACCCACCCACCUUCUCUAGCCUCCUCACCCUCACACCACUCUCCCCCACCUCCACCUCCACCACCACCGCCACUUCCUGUACAAAGCCCACACAUCCCCCUUUCUCGGAAAUAUCACAAUCGCCCCACGCGGGCCCCUCGUCCAGCACCUCACCCUAUGAGAAAAUGCAUUCACGAACCUACACGCCUCGUGCUUCCCGACUCGAAACUCCCCGCACGUCUUGGCAAACCCGGACCCGACCCAGUCGAGUCGGGGCCCGAACUCGGAGGUCGUCUUCGAGUUAAGCCAGCUCAUCUUCAGCUCGAAAGGGGUUCUCGACACCACGCGGUGGACCAUCGCGUACAGACGGGGCAUCCCGUCCUCGUUGUCGUAAGUGGUCCACACUUCGUUUUCGGUGAACGAAAGCUCGGUUCUGUCCCGGUCGAAGUUGUGGAAGUCCGGGUCCGGGACGUCCAUAGUUUCCCC